UCAUCCAUAUCCAUAACCUACUUCAGGCGUACUCGCUUCUGAUCUUCUUGCUGCUUAUUUCCUUGAUAAUGGCACACUUCCAAAGCCCAUACGGUGCAUCCCAAACUGACGAGUACGGCAACGUUCUCAGUACCGAUGAAUACGGAAACGUAAUCCGCCGAGAUGCGUACGGCAACGUGAUUCGCACAGACGAAUUUGGCAACGUGAUACGCACAGAUGAAUACGGCACCGUGAUUCGAACCGAUGAAUACGGCAACCCGAUACGCCACAGCGGCACCACUGCAGGCACGUACGGAGCGGGUGGGUUCGAUACGACCACCACUCUCCAAGGCGGGGACCGUACUGGCAAGCUUCAUCGCUCUGGAAGCUCUAGCUCUAGCUCCUCUGAGGACGACGGGCAAGGCGGGAGAAGGAAGAAGGGGCUGAAGGAGAAGAUAAAGGAGAAGAUACCAGGUAUUGGGCACAAGGAGCACAGAAGUGCGACAUCUGCAACAACAACAACAGCGGGUUAUACAGAGACGCAGGUUCAACACCCUCACGAGAGGAAGGGGGUGAUGGAAAAGAUCAAAGAGAAGCUUCCAGGCGGCCACCAUACUUCUGAGCACCAGUACUAGUUCUUGUGUAUGUGUGUAUAUGUGCUUGUGUGUGCGAGCUAUAUGUAAAAUUAUUAAUGCUUGUUUGUAGCUUAAAUGCAUGACGGUGUUACAGGGUUUAGGUAGGGGUUCAUAAGGGUUUUGGUUACGAUCGAACUCGAUCCUGCUAUAAGGCGUUUAAUAAGUGGCCGGUCAUGGCCGGGGUGGUGGAUGUAUAAGCGUAUGCGGUUCAAUCUUGUAUUUUAUUAAGUGCUUUUUGUUGGGUUAAAUAGUGUUAUAUUGUUGAAGUUUCUGGUUAAUUAAUUAAUUAAUUAAUAUAUCAUGUUCAUAUUUUUCA